AUGGGGAGCCUCCAGGGGCACCAUAUCCAGCCUCCAGGGAGCAAUCUCACCCAGCCUCCAGGAGUAACCACUCCAGCCUCCAGGAAGCACCAUCCAGCCUCCGUGGCACCCAUCCAGCUUCCGGGAGCACCAUCCAGCCUCCAGGGAAACCAGCCUCCGGGGCACCCAUCCAGCCUCCGUGGGCACCACCCAGCCUCCGGGAACACCCAGCCUCCAGGGAAACCAGGCAACCUCGAGGGAAACCAUCUAGCUCCAGGAAAACCACACACUCCGGGGCACCACUCAGUUUCCAGGAGCACCACGCAGUUUCCAGGAGCACCACCUGUCCAGCACUACACCCAACCUCGGGGCACCACCCAGAAUCCAGGAGCACCACCCAGUCCCUCCGAGCACCACCGGAGCCCAGGCACCACCCAGUCCUCCGGGAGCACCAAUCGAGCCUCCGAGCACCACCCAGCCCAGGGGCACCAUCCAGCCUCCGGGGCACCACUCCAACCCGGGGCACCACCCAGAAUCCAGGAGCACCACCCAGUCCUCCGGGAGCACCACCCAGUCCUCCGGGAGCACCACCGAAAGCCUCCGAGCACCACCCAGUCCUCCGGGAGCACCACUGAGCCUCCGGGAGCACCACCCAGCUCCAGGCCUCCGGGAGCCACCACCCAGCCUCCAGGCCACCACCCAGCCUCCAGGAGCAAUCUCACCGAGCCCAGGGCCACCACCCAGCCUCCAGGAGUGCCCACCGAGCCUCCAGGGCCACCCACCCAGCCUCCAGGGCCACCACACCCAGCCCUCCAGGGAGUACCCACCCAGCCUCCAGCGCCACCUCACCCAGCCUCCGGGGCACCACCGAGCCUCCGGGAGCAAUCUCACCCAGCCUCCAGGAGUACCACCCAGCCCUCCGGAGCUCCACCCAGCCUCCUGGAGCACCAUCCAGAACCAGGAAACCACCAGCCCAGGAACCACCCAGCCUCGGGAGCACCCAGCCUCCGCCCAUCCAGCCUGGGCACCUUCCAGCCUCCGGAGGCCCACUCAGCCUCCGGGGCACCACCCAGCCUCCCUGGGCACCAUCCAGCCUCAGCAUCAUCCAGGGCCAGGGCCCAUCCAGCCCAGGAAACCACAGCCUCACAGGUGCACCCUCGGCCUCCAACCCCAGCCCAGGAAACCAGAGCCCCCACCACCAAAGAAACCAUCCAGCUCCAGGAGACCACCCAGCUCCGGCGGCACCAUCCAGCCUCCGGGCACCUUUCCAGCCUCCGGGAGGCCCAUCACCUGAGCCGGGCACCAUCCAGCCUCCUGCACCAUCCAGCCCGGCAUCAUCCAGCCUGGGGCACCAUCCAGCCUCAAGGAAACCACACAGCCUCAGGGCCGGGCACCCCAGCCCAGGAAACCCGGCAGCCUCCAGGGAAACCACACAGCCUCCAGGAACCAUCCAGCCUCCAGGAGCACCCCCCAGCCUGGGAGCACCCAGCCCCGGAGCACUACCCAGCACCGGGCACCAGCCAGUUCCGGGGCACCAUCCAGCCUCCUGGGCACCAUCCAGCCUCCAUGGGCAUCAUCCAGCCUCGGGGCACCCAUCCAGCCUCCAGGAAACCAGCCCAAGGUGCACCCGGCCGGGGCACCUCCCCAGCCCACCUGGGGGCACCAUCGAGCCUCCAGGAGCUCCACCCCAGCCUCCUGAGCACCAUCCAGAAUGCAGGGAAACCACCCAGCCUCCAGGAAACUCACCCAGCCUCCGGGAGCACCGCACCCAGCCUCCGGCGGGCACCAUCCAGCCUGGGGGCAUCCUUCGGCCCGGAGGCGCCUCCGGGCACCAUCCAGCCUCCGGGCACCAUCCAGCCUCCAUAUCCACUCCGGGGCACCAUCCAGCCCAGGAAACCACACAGCCUCAAGGUGCACCUCGGCCUCCUGGGCACCUCCCAGCUCCAGGAAACCAGGCAGCCCCAGGAAACCACACAGCCUCAAGAAACCAUCCAGCCUCCAGGAGCACACCCAGCCUCCGGCGGGCACCAUCCAGCCUCCGGGGCAACUUCCCAGCCUCGUGAGGCUCCAUCGAGCCUGGGGCACCAUCCAGCCUCCUUGGGCACCAUCCAGCCUCCUGGGCAUCAUCCAUGCCUCCGGGGCACCACAUCCAGCCCUCAAGGAAACCACACAGCCUCAAGGUGCACCCUCGGCCUCUGGGGGCACCUCCCAGCUUCCAGGGAAACCAGGCAGCCUCUAGGGAAACCACACAGCCUCCAGGGAAACCCAUCCAGCCUCCAGGAGCACCCCCCAGCCUCCGGGAGCACCUCCAGCCUGGGAGACCACCCAGCCUCCGGGGGCACCAGCCACCUCCGGGGCACCAUCCAGCCUCCUUGGGCACCAUCCAGCCUCCAUGGGCAUCAUCCAGCCUCCGGGGCACCAUCCAGCCCAGGGAAACCACAGCCUCAAGGCACCUCGGCCUCCGGGGCACCCCCCAGCCCAGGAAACCAGCAAACCAUCCAGCCUCGGGAGGCACCACCCAGCCUCCGGGAGUACCACCAGCCUCCGGGGCACCACCCAGCCUCCGGGAGCACCAUCAACCUCAGGAGCACCACCCAGCCUCCAGGAGCAGCAUCCAGCCUCAGGAGCACCACCCAGCUUCAGAACACCUUCCAGCAUCCAGGAGCACCACACCCAGCUUCCAGGAACACCAUCCAGCCUCAGGAGGCACCACCCAGCCCCAGAACACCAUCCAGCUGGGAGCACCACCCAGCCUCCAGGAGCGCCAUCAGCUUCAAGGGGUACCAUCCAGCCUUCAGGGCACCAUCCAGCUUCAGGAACACCAUCCAGCCUCGGGAACUGCUACAGCCUCCAGGAGCACCACCCAGCCUCCAGGAGGCCUGCCCAGCCUCUGGGGGCACCAUCCAGCACCUCAGGGCACCACUUAGCUUGGGGCACCAUCAGCCUCCGAGGGGGCACCAUCCAGCUUCCAGGGAGCACCAUCAGCCUCCGGGGUACCACACCCAGCCUCCAGGGAGCACCACCAGCCUCCAGGCAGCAUCCAUAUCAACAGCACCAUCCAGCCUCCGGGGGCACUAUCCAGCCUCCGAGGGCACCAUCCAGCCGCUGGGGGGGGCACCACCCAGCCUCAGGAGCACCACAGCCUCCGGAGCACCAUCCAGCCUCGGGAGCACCACCCAGCCUCCAGGGCAAUCGCUUCAGGAACCAUCCAGCCUCAGGGAGCAGCAUCAGCCUCCAGCAGCACCAUCCAGCCUCCGGGGGCACCAUCCAGCCUCCGAGGCACCAUCCAGCCGCUGGGGGCACCACCCAGCCUCCGGGAGCACCACCCAGCCUCGGAAUACCGCAGCCUCCAGGGGCACCAUCCAGCCUCAGGAACACCAGCCAGCCUCAGGAGCACCACCUAGCCUCCAGGAGCUGCCAUCAGCCUCCAGCAGCACCAUCCAGCUUCGGGAACACCAGCUAGCCUCAGGGGUACCACCCAGCCUCAGAAGCACCAUCCAGCCUCCAGCCUCACCAUCAGCCUCCGGAAGCACCAUCCACCCUCCAGGAGGCGCCGUCACCCUCCAGGAACACCACCCAGCCUGCAGAAGCACCACCCAGCCUCCUGGAGCACCAUCCAGCCUCCGAGGCACUACCCAGCCUCAGGGAAAUAUCCAGCUUCCCGAGAGGAAAACCCCACAGCCUCUGGGAAUCACCCACUCAGCCUCCGGGGGCAUCUCCCAACCUCCAGGCACCAUCCAGUCUCCCGGGGGCACCAUCCAGCCUCAGGGGCACCAUGAGCCUCAGAAGCACCAUCCAGCCUCCAGGAGGAGCACAGCCCAGCCUCCAGGCGCAGCAUCAGCCUCCAGCAGCACCAUCAAGCCUCGAGGCACCAUCCAGCCUCCGGGGGCUUCACCCAGCCUCCGAGCACCAUCCAGCCUCCAGGAGCGCCGUCCACCCUCAGGAACACCACCCAGCCUCCCAGGAGCACCACCCAGCCUCCUGGAGCACCAUCCAACCUCCAGGAGCACCAUCCAGCCUCGAGCACCACCCAGCCUCGGGAGCACCAUCCACCCUCAGAAAACCAUCCAGCUUCCAGGAAAACCCCACACAGCCUCUGGGAGUACCACUCAGCCUCGAGGGGGCACCUCCCAGCCUCAGGAGCACCAUCCUGCCUCCGGGGGCACCAUCCAGCCUCCCGGGGCACCAUCCAGGCCUCCAGGGCCUGGCCUCCUGGAGCACAAAGCAAAAUCAGGAAACCACCCAGCCUCCAGAAAGUACAGCCUCGGGAGCACCACCCAGCCUCGGGCACCAUCCAGCCUCGGGGGCAAAUUCCCGGCCUCGGAGAAAUCAUCACUCUCAGAGGCACAUCCAGCCUCCUUGCGCACCAUCCAGCCUCGGAGGUAUCAUCCAACCUCAGGGCACCAUCCAGCACUCAGGGAAACCACACAGCCUCAGGGUACACCCCCUCGGCCUCGAGGCACCUCCCAGCUUCCAGGAAACCAGGCAGCCUCAGGAAACCACACAGCCUCCAAAAGCCAUCCAGCCUCCAGAGCACCGCAGCCUCCGGGAGCACCCAGCCUCGGGAGCCUCCUUAGGCACCAUCCAGCAUCGGGGGCAUCAUCCCAGCCACCGGGGGCACCACCCAACCUCCAGGGGCACCAUCCAGCCUCCUUGGGCACCAUCAGCCUCUGGAGCACUACCCACACCACCGGGGGCACCAUCCAGCCUCGGGGGCACCAUCCAACCUCGCCGGGCACCAUCCAGCCUCAGGGCACCACGCUACCAGGGAGCACCCAGCCUCAGGAGCCACCACCCAGCCUCCAGAGGCUGUCAGCCUCAGGGGCACCACCCAGCCUCCGGGGGCACCAUCCCAGCCUCCUUGGGCACCAUCCCGGCCUCCGGGGCACCAUCCAGCCUCAGGGCACCAUCAGCCUCCGGGGCAUCAUCCCCCCCUCCGGGGCACCAUCCAGCUACUCAGGGCACCAUCCAGCCUCGGGGCAUCAUCCCGCCUCAGGGGCACCAUCAGCCUCCCAGGAAACCACACAGCCUCAAGCCUCGGGGCACCAUCCAGCCUCCGGGGGCACCACUGCCAGCCUCCGGGGCACCACCCAGCCUCAGGGGCACCAUCCAGCCUCAGGGGCACCAUCCAUCCUCGGGGAACACCAUCCGAGCCUCAGGAGCUCCCUUAACCUCCUGGAUCACCAUCCAGCCUCAGGUAAACCACCCAGCCUCCAGGGGAAACCACCCAGCCUCAGGAGCUACAGCCUCAGGGAGCUACUACCCAGCCUCGGGGGCACCAUCCAGCCUCCAGGAAACCACUUAGCCUCGGGGGGCACCAUCCAGCCUCCAGGGAAUCACCCAGCCUCCAGGAAACCAUCCAGCCUCCAGGGAAACCAUCAGCCCCUCGGGAGCACCAUCCAGCCUCAGGAGCACUACCCCGGCUCUCUCCAGGGCACCACCCAGCCUCCAGGGGGCACCAUCCAGCCUCAGGGGCACCAUCCAUCCUCCGGGGAGCACCAUCCAGAACCUCCAGGAGCUCCACCCAACCUCCUGGAUCUGUCAACCUCAGGUAAACCACCCAGCCUCAGGGGAAACCACCCAGCCUCCGGGAGCACCACCCAGCCUCCGGGAGCACUACCCAGCCUCAGGGGCACCAUCCAGCCUCAAACCACCCAGCCUCGGGGCACCAUCCAGCCUCAGGGAAUCACCCCAGCCUCAGGAAGCCUCCAGCCUCAGGAAACCAUCCAGCCUCGGGAGCACCAUCCAGCCUCCAGAGCACUGCCCAGCCUCCGGGGCACCACAUGUACUUCUCGGGGGCACCAUCCCAACCUCGCCCAGGCACCAUCCAGCCCAGAAUCAUCAUCCAGCUUCCGGGGACAGCAUCCAGCCUCGGGAACCACACAGCCUCAGGUGCACCCUCGGCCUCGGUACCUCCCAGCUUUCCAGGAAGCCAGGCAGCCCUGCGAGGGCACCUCCCAGCCUCGGGACACCACCCAGCUUCGGGAAGCACCCCACAACCUCAGGGCACCACCCAGCCUCAGGGAAAUGCCCACAGCCUCAAGGGGCACCCCCCGGCCUCCCAGGCACCUCCCAGCUUCCAGGGUAGGCAGCCUCCAGGGAAACCACCCGGCCUCCAGGGCUGCCAGCCUCGGGGGAGCACCACCCAACCCGGGGAGGCACCACAGCCUCUGGGGGCACCAUCCAGACUCCUUGGGCACCAUCCAGCCUCCGGGGGCAUCAUCCAGCCUCAGGGGCACCACUAACCUCAGAAACCACACAGCUUCCAAGGGGCACCCUCGGCCUCGGGGCACCUCCAGCUUCCAGGAAAACCAAGGCAGCCUGCGGGGGCACCUCCCAGCCUCCAGGGGCCACCACCCAGCUUUCCUGGGCACCACCUUGUACUCAGGGAGCACUACCCAGCCUCCGGGGCACCACCCCUCAGGGGCACCACCCAGCCUCAGGGGCACCACGCAGCCUCAGGGGGCACCACCCAGCCUCAGGAGCACCACCCGGCCUCCAAGGCACCCGCAGCCUCCGGGAGCACCAUUUAGCCUCGGGGCACCACCCAGCCUCGGG